UUGGAUGAGACUACUACUCUACGGCGAACCAUACUAGACCUCACUCCCUUGGGACACCCAGAUCAUCGCUUGUUUCUCGUCAAACUCGCUGAUUGUGUCUAUGGGUGGUUCAGAGCGACGGGUGCAAAAGAAGAUUUGGACAAAGCCAUUGCGGGUGCAUUGGAUUUCCCUUCACCAGGAAACUCGGAGAGAUCGUCAGUUCCCAUCAAUCUUGCUGAUCGCCUUUACGAGAUUCAUGAGUCUACGGCGGGUCUCGAUGAAGUCAUUACACUCUGGCGAGUUGCUUUAGAACUCACGCCAUCAGAUCACCGGGAGCGACCCUCAACUCUUGUCAAUAUUUCUGAUCGCCUUAAAGAAUGGUUCCGGAAAUUGGGUUUUGUAGUAGACUUGGCAGAUUCCAUCAACCUUCGGCGAGCCGCAUCAGAACUCGCUCUACCGAGAAACCAUGAUCAUCCCCCCUCUCGCAUUGCUCUU